CUCCACGUCAUUUUUCUGCGCAAAGCUGAGCUGGCGACUGAACGAAGAAGAAGCAGGAUGACCAAACUCGUGGAGUGGCUCCUCGGGGUGUCACUGAUGGUGGCGGUGUGGGCGCUGGUCACUUUCGACCUGUUGGACCUGAAGGUCCCGCCGUUGUACCGGGAGGUGGCGUGGCCGAUGCCCUUCUACCUGCUGGUGACGUUCGGCUGCUACUCGCUGGCUACGGUGGGCUACAGAGUGGCCACCUUCAAUGACUGUGAGGAGGCAGCGCUGGAGCUGCAGCAGCAGAUCAAAGAAGCCCAGCGGGACCUGCAGAAGAAGGGCUUGAAGCUGUGAAUGAACGGAACUGGACAGACGCGCUGUUCUCAGGACACUUUUCAUUCUUUCCAUCAUUCCUUCGCUGGCCUGACUUUGACCUCCCUAUAUCACGCAGUAACGUCAUCUGACGUCUGGAUUGAGCUCAAAUUCGCGCAUAUUGUUUCUUUUAUAUUAAAAGACUCAAGGUGACUCACUUGUGCCCUGAUGGCUUCUGCGCGACCUCUACUUGAUGAUGCUUCAUCUGCCAUCCACUAGUGAGAUGGUAACUUUUAAGUAAAUGACCGUCUUUGAAUGGAAACUUCUUCAAUUUAAAAGACAUGCAAAUGUAUUUCUGUCGAAAGUUGACAGAAUAACCAUCAGGUUAUAUUAAAGCUGUUUUGGAGUA